AUGGACCCAACUAACGACCCCAAUUUCACGCCUCCAUCGCUUAAUCGGAACAUUGAGCCCCCUGCUCAUUCUGACAAAAUCCCACAAAACAUGCCCAUCCAACCUUUGGUUUUGGCUGAUUUGGGUGGAGACGUCGAUGCACCCACUCCUCACCCCUCGGUGGCUGCUAGCGGGAAGCCUGAAAAGGAACCCCUGCUGCACAUUCAUUCAAAGAUUCCCAGGAAGCACACGGACUUGAUGAAUUCCCUGAGUGACGAGGAAGUGCCUUUGAAGCAACGGCAAUAUAGCGAGGAGAGAAUUCUUCCUCCUACCAUCAAGGUGAGACUGCUGCAGAUUGCCGAUCUUGAGGAGGUGCCCCAUGGCGUUCAAAGACAGGCUAAAUCGCUCGACAAGUACGAGUUCCCCAGCCACAGAUUGGCAACUACUCUCUCGGACGACUCCAAGUACCCAUUAGUCAUUGUGGCGUGCGGCUCCUUCUCACCCAUCACGUAUUUGCACUUGCGGAUGUUCGAAAUGGCCCUUGAUGCUAUCACCGAGCAGACCCGUUUCGAAGUGGUGGGAGGUUACUACUCUCCUGUUUCCGACAAUUACAAGAAACAGGGUCUAGCACCGCUGCACCACCGUGUGCGUAUGUGCGAGUUGGCCUGUGAAAGAACGUCCUCCUGGCUUAUGGUGGAUGCUUGGGAAUCUUUGCAGCCAAAGUACACCCGCACGGCACUUGUGUUGGACCACUUUAACGAGGAAAUCAACGUCAAAAGAGGCGGCAUUCGCACGCAGCUGGGAGAGACCCGUGGUGUGAAGAUCAUGCUUUUGGCUGGUGGAGACCUUAUUGAGUCUAUGGGCGAGCCCGACGUUUGGGCUGACCAGGAUUUGCACCACAUUUUGGGCAAGUACGGCUGUCUCAUUGUCGAGCGUACUGGUUCCGAUGUCAGAAGUUUCUUGUUGAGUCACGAUAUCAUGUAUGAGCACCGGCGCAACGUCCUUGUGAUCAAACAGCUUAUUUACAACGACAUUCUGUCCACCAAGAUCCGUUUGUUCGUGCGUCGUGGUAUGCUGGUUCAGUACCUCUUACCAAACUCUGUGAUUCGAUACAUCCAGGAGCACAAGCUCUACAUUAACGAUACGGAACCAGUGAAGCAGGUCAUGAGCGAUAAGGCUGAUUAG